UCUAAACCUCUCUGCUCUCUCACUCUGUGUGCCGUGAGUGAUGAUGAUUUGCUAGAGAGAGAAAGAGAGAGAUAAAGCUUUCAGGCUUUCUUUAUUUUAUUUAUUUUUUAUGUGAAACACCAUGGAGAUAGAUAGACUGAGAUAAGCAGCUUUAGUGUUCUACAGAGAGAAUUAAAAUAGAUAAAAAAGAAAGAGAAAGGUCUGCCUUAGAAAUAUGCAUCCGAUAAGGACUUGUGUCAAAAGAGAUUAUUUUUUCUAUUUCCUUUUUUUUUAAGUAGCAAGUAAUUACUUUCAACCGCAUUCUGCCACUUCCUCUCUUUCUCUCUGUGUGUACCUUCUCCGUUUUUCCCUUGAUUCCAGCAAAGCUGUACCUGUACUGCCUUUAUUUCUCUCUUCACGUCUCUUUUCAAGCCUCCCCAUUUGUUUCUUUUUUUUUCUUGAUCUACAGAGUGUAUGAGAAGGACUUUUGAAAAGUGUUCGACUUUUAACACUCUUCAGAGUUUUAGCUUUCUAGCUUCAAGCUUGUUGUUUAGAGAGAGAGAUAGCUACUUCAUUCAAUAUUGGCGUUGGCUUGGAAGAUGCUUUGUGUUUAAGGUUUAUGAGUGAUGGGUUGGUGAGAUUGUGCAAUUUUCAAGCCUGCCUUGUUUGAAUUUUGGUUUGAUCUCGGGAUCCUCGCAUGCGACUUUGCGGCUCCACUCUCAAACAAUGCCUCUCUUGGAGCCUUGCUUAGCUUCUUCAAGCACAUUUUUCAUAUUUAGAAUGUGAUCCAUUUGAAAGUGUUUAUAAUCGUUUUAUAUGCCUUUUCAUAUUCGUUGGAGAUUUUGAGAUACACCCGUAGAGGAAAAGGAUUUUACUUUUACUGUUCACUUAGUUGCAUUAUAUUAAAUUAUUGCAUUUUGGCGGGAUUGUCCUUUGGACUGAAGUGUGGAGCAAGUAGGAGAAUCUUAAUAUUGUAGUUGAUUGGAAAUUGGGUUCAAAUUUGCUUAAGCAAAACUGUGAGGAGUAUAGUAAAUGCAUGGAUCGAAGGGAUGCUAUGGCGAUGUCUGGUCCUGCUUCCUUCUAUAUGCAGAGAGGAAUGGGUGGGUCUGGGUCUGGAACGCAGUCCGGAUUAAAUGUAUCAUCAGGCAUCAAUGCUUUAACUAGUUCGAAUGUAUCAUUUCAUUCUAAUGUUGGAGCCAAUGCAAUUGGAUCUACAUUACCUAUAGAAAAUCCAACAGCACUUCAACCUCAUGGUGCUAAUGUGGGUGCACCAUCUGUGAUGCCUCCAUCUGGUGAGCCUAUGAAAAGAAAAAGGGGAAGACCCCGAAAAUAUGGACCCGAUGGGACUGUUUCACUUGCAUUAUCUCCUCCAUUAUCUACACAUCCUGGUACAAUAACCCCAACACAGAAGCGGGGCAGAGGACGACCACCAGGAACUGGGAGGAAGCAACAAUUAGCUUCCCUUGGCGAAUGGCUCUCUGGUUCAGCUGGAAUGGGCUUUACUCCUCAUAUCAUCACCAUUGCUGUAGGAGAAGACAUUGCAACAAAAAUAAUGUCUUUCUCGCAGCAAGGACCAAGAGCUAUAUGUGUUUUGUCAGCAAAUGGUGCUGUCUCUACUGUGACUCUCCGUCAGCCAUCAAGUUCUGGAGGCACUGUAACAUAUGAGGGACGCUUUGAGAUUUUAUGUUUGUCGGGCUCUUACUUGGUCACUAACAAUAGUGGCGCCCGAAAUCGCGCUGGUGGACUGAGCGUCUCUCUUGCCAGUCCUGAUGGUCGGGUAAUUGGUGGAGGAGUUGGGGGGAUGCUCAUUGCAGCAAGCCCUGUUCAGGUGAUCGUGGGAAGUUUCUUGUGGGGUGGUUUGAAGACAAAGAACAAGAAAGGGGAAGCUCCAGAAGGUGCCAGAGAUUUGGAUCAUCAGACAGUUGAGCAUCCAAUAACUCCAACUAGCAUUCCACCUAGUCAGAAUCUUCCUCCAACAUCCUCAGUGGGUUUAUGGCCUGGUUCACAGCCUGUGGAUAUGCGCAACACGCAUGUCGACAUUGAUUUGAUGCGCGGAUGAUAACUUCAGUUGACUGUUUCGUGGGCAGUAUAUAUUCUGCUGUUAUCAGCACCACUUGUUUCUCAUCUCCUGUAAGUCUAGUGAUGACAAUUGAAGUCAGCUGAUUCUGGGCAUAAAUGUCUCGCUUCAUUUAACCUUGACAGACUAUGGAUUGUACUCUUUUUGCAGCUUCAUGACAACUAGUUCGGAAUUUAAGUGGUCGUGUAUUUAACUCAUCGAAUUUUUAGAGGAUGUUCAAUUACAAUUUCAAAAUUCGUUAGUUCGCAGC